UAGACCUGAGUGUGAGCGCGGACGAGCGGCAAAGCCGGGAAGCUUCGUAGUCGUGGAAAAGGGGAAUCACAGCUCCGACCGUUCGGACACGAGGUGACGAGGGCGAAGCCACGGCCGUGGGGCCCUCGUCUCGUCGUUUUUCUUCUUCAUUCGUUCGUUCGUUCGUGCCUCCGCCUCCGUCUCUGCGCCCCCUCCCUAGCUGUUUAAAGGCGCCAAGCAUCCGCAGAUUCUCGCAUUCCCUUGGGCGGAAGAGCGCUCAAAUUCUCGCUCAUUGCAUUGGGAACGGGAGCGGAGUCGCAGAAGCGCAGAGCCGUGAGAGCGAGAAAGAGUAAAGGGAAGAGGCGGAAUCGAGCUAGGGAGGCCGAGAAGCUGAGUUCUUGUUGUGAUAUUCUUUGUCGUGCUUAGAUCUGAGAAAGGUUAUUCGUUGAAGGAGUGUUUUCUGCUGAAGCUUCGCUUGAUUUUUAGCUCAGGGAACUGUGGGCAGCUUCAUUCGCUGAACGACUAAUAAGCUGCAGUGUUCUUCUUUUCUCCUUCGACGCGCCAUUUUUUAUUUCUGUUCUCGAUUCAUUCGGCUUUGAAAGUGGAAACCUUGUUUUGAGUCCUUGAAGGUUCCCUUUGGCCCAUAUUGCGAGUUUUUUGGUAAAAUAUUAUUAGCUUUCCCUACUGAAAGACUCAACAUUAAUCUUCCACAUUGACGAACGUAAUAUCUGUUUCCUCUCUCCCACCUCCCCAAUAUUCUGCUUUUCUUCAAUAAAUUUCUGGCUUAGAGGACCUACCCAUUCAUCUCUUUAAGUAGAGAACCAUUUCUUCUACCUAUUUGUUGACUUCACAUUUGGUUAAGCCUAUACUAGUUGAAAACUGAUAUCUAUUUUGGCUAUUUAAUGGCGGCGUCUCUCCAAUCUGGCAUCCUCCGAGUACCCAAGGUUCCGGGGUUAAGCUCAGAAAAGUUUUCUUCUCUUUAUUCGAUUUCAUGUAGCCGGAUUAGCUCUGCAGCCUCUUUGGCCCAUGCAAAAGAAUUGAGGUAUAGUAAGAAGAGAGAGAAAGUCAAUGAAAGAAGAGAUUUGAGUAUCCAUUGCGAACAGCAAUCUGCCGUUGCAUUCAUUGAGAAAUUUAAUGAUGAACGGGAACAGGCAGGCGAAAGUGUGCGGCAAUUAAGCUGUGUCAUGAAGUUUGGUGGAUCAUCGGUUGCCACUGCCGCUAGAAUGAGGGAGGUCGCUGACCUGAUCCUUAGCUUUCCUGAGGAGAACCCUGUGAUUGUUUUGUCAGCGAUGGGGAAGACAACUAAUAAACUUCUAGAAGCUGGAGAAAAAGCUGUUUGCUGUGGUGUUAACAAUGUCUCUGCAAUUGACCAAUUGCACUUGAUAAAGGAAUUGCAUUUAACGACUGUUGAUGAGCUUGGAGUAGCCAGAUCAACAAUUUCAGAACUGCUCGAGGAGUUCGAACAACUGUUGACUGGAAUUGCUUUGAUGAAAGAGAUGACACCUCGCACAAGAGACUAUUUAGUCUCCUUUGGAGAGCGAAUUUCAACACGUAUUUUUGCUGCAUAUUUGAAUAAGAUGGGUGUCAAAGCCCGGCAAUAUGAUGCCUUUGAUAUUGGUUUCAUAACUACGGAUGAAUUCACAAAUGCCGACAUACUUGAAGCAACUUAUCCUGCUGUCGCAAAAAGGCUGCAUGGAGAUUGGAUUAAUGAUCCUGCAAUUCCUAUAGUAACUGGGUUUCUUGGAAAGGGUUGGAAAUCUUGUGCUGUCACAACUUUGGGUAGAGGUGGCAGUGACUUGACGGCCACCACUAUUGGCAAAGCCUUGGGCUUAAAAGAAAUUCAGGUUUGGAAAGACGUUGAUGGGGUGCUAACAUGUGAUCCUCAUAUUUGUCCACAAGCAGAACCAGUACCAUUUUUGACAUUUGAAGAAGCUGCGGAGCUUGCGUAUUUUGGUGCUCAGGUUUUACAUCCACAAUCUAUGCGGCCUGCUAGAGAGGGUGAUAUUCCUGUAAGAGUUAAGAACUCUUAUAACCCUAAAGCUCCUGGAACCCUCAUUACAAAGACGAGGGAUAUGAGUAAGGUCAUAUUGACGAGUAUAGUUUUGAAGAGAAAUGUAACCAUGCUGGAUAUCGUCAGCACCAGAAUGCUAGGUCAAUUCGGUUUCCUCGCAAAGGUUUUUUCCAUCUUUGAGGAUUUGGGCAUCUCAGUUGAUGUCGUGGCCACUAGUGAAGUCAGCAUUUCAUUGACAUUGGACCCUUCAAAACUAUGGACCAGGGAACUAAUACAACAGGAACUGGACCAUGUGGUAGAAGAACUUGAGAAGAUCGCAGUUGUACAUCUUCUACAAAAUAGGUCAAUUAUCUCUCUUAUUGGGAACAUCCAGAGGUCAUCAUUGAUACUAGAAAAGGCAUUCUACGUCCUACGGAGGAAUGGCGUGAACGUCCAGAUGAUCUCUCAAGGAGCAUCAAAGGUGAAUAUCUCCUUGAUAGUGAAUGACAGUGAAGCAGAACAGUGCGUGCAGGCUCUGCACCAAGCCUUUUUUGACACACCGGAGCUGACUGGCCAUGAGGACCUCAAUGGCUCGGUUGACGGGUACAGAGACUCUCGAUAUUCCUAAUUCAUGCUAUCAUGCAUCCCUGGCUCUGUUGUUGUAUGCCGUAGGCGUGGCACCGCCUAAGGUACUCAUUUUGUCCUUGCUGGAGUCGACUCCCAGCGUUUAUUUGCGCAAUGUAGAACCCAUCUUGUGCUUAAAGCAAUAUAUUUCCUGGCUUGAAAAUGUCA